AUGGACAUAGAGGGGUUAGCGAUUCAGAAGACAGGGUUAGUAAGCCACGAGGGGGACUUCCUCAGGAUCGCUAACGAGUAUUUUACUACUUAUUAUCAGCCACUGAUACGUUGGGUCGACCGGUUACGGAAAGUUGUCUUUCCAAAUCGUGGAAGGUGGGAGAGAGAGGACACAGGGCCAUAUUUUCAGAUGCGGCAGAUUCUUCAGGAAGCCCAAAUGGAUCCGGCUAUCUCAGCAAGAGCCAAGCAACCUGGUAUUUGUGUAACUACAUUGUUUUAUUGUCUGCUCGUUUCAGUCGAUCCCCUAUAA